CCUGAGGGCUACAUUGAACAGUUGGUCUACAGAUGGGAAAGUAGAUAUUUCCGUGAAACAAGUUGGAAUUCAUUAUCCGGUGGUCAGGAUCUCGGCUUUCUGCAGCUUCUCAUCCUGCAGCUUCUCCUCCUCCUCCGGCGAUAUUAAACCUACACCAUGAACUACCUGCGUCGACGCCUCUCGGACAGCAAUUUUAUCUCCAAUUUGCCUAAUGGCUACAUGACGGACCUCCAACGCCCUGAGCCGGCUCAGCCCCCGAGCCCCGCAGUGUCGCCGGGCCCCCCGGAGCAGCGCCGCCAGUCCACCAGCCAGCAGCAGCCGUCUGGAGGUGGAGCCGCUGCCGCUGCAGCCGGUGGCGGUGGUGGUGGAGGUGGUGGAGGAGCCGGGUUCUUCUCGUCCUUAUCCAACGCUGUGAAGCAAACCACCGCCGCAGCAGCUGCGACACUCACCGAGGCAGCGGACAGAGCCGGGGUGUCGAGCAGUGCUAAGAUACUGCUGGUGAUCGACGACCAGCAGACGGACUGGGCGAAGGUCUUCAGAGGGAGGAAGGUCCAUGGGGAGUUUGACAUCAAGGUGGAACAGGCUGAUUUCUCAGAGAUCAACCUGGUGGCCCACUCCACGGGCUCCUACAGCGUGGACAUCGACGCCAUCAGAAACGGCCAUAAAGUCACUAAGUCCUUCAAGCCAGACUUCGUCCUGGUCAGAGAGCAUGCCUUCAGCAUGGCCAGGCACGGCGACCACCGCAGCAUCGUCAUCGGGCUGCAGUACGCUGGGGUCCAGAGUGUCAACUCUCUACACUCGGUCUACAACUUCUGUGAUAAACCAUGGGUGUUCGCCCAGAUGACCCGACUGUCAAAGACGCUGGGCCCAGAAGAGUUCCCGCUGAUAGAGCAGGUUUACUACCCCAACCACAAGGAGAUGCUCACUUCCUCCGUCUUCCCCGUGGUGAUCAAGAUGGGUCACGCUCAUUCUGGGAUGGGCAAGGUCAAAGUGGACAACCAGUACGACUUCCAAGAUAUUGCCAGUGUUGUCGCUCUGACCAAGACCUACGCCACUUCCGAGCCUUUCAUUGAUGCUAAGUACGACGUCCGCAUCCAGAAGAUUGGAAACAAUUACAAGGCUUACAUGAGGACUUCAAUAUCUGGCAACUGGAAGACCAACACAGGCUCCUCGAUGCUGGAGCAGGUGGCCAUGUCAGACAAGUACCGCAUGUGGGUUGAUUCCUGCUCCGAAGUCUUCGGAGGGCUGGACAUAUGUGCGGUAGAGGCUCUGCACGGCAAAGACGGCAAGGACUACAUCAUAGAGGUGGACGACUGCUCCGUGCCGUUGAUCGGAGACCAGCAGGACGAGGACCGCGUCCACAUCGCUGAGCUGGUGGUUACCAGGAUGAACCAGACCGUCCCGCGCUCCGCCUCCCCCUCGGCGGUCCGCUCCGCAGCUGGCCAGCCCCCUCAGAAGACGGUGUCCCCCCUGGCCGACUCCCAGACCAGGGUACCCCAGGCCCAGCAGCGCCCCCCCACGCAGGGUGGGCCCCAGCAGGGCCCCUCUCAGCAGCGGCCCCAGCCUCAGGGCCAGCCCCCUGCUGCCCAACCGGGGCCCAGCCCCACGGCCGCCAGCGACCCCGCCAGCCAUCCACAGCCCUCUAAACCCGGCCAGGGGCCCGGGGCCACUCAGCGGCCGGCUCCGGCGGCCGGCCAGGGUCAGAGACCCCCCUCUGGCCAGGGCUCACCCCAGCGGAGCCCCAGUCAGGUGCAGAGGCAGCAGUCCGCCUCCGCGCAGCAGAAGCCCGGAGGCCCCGGCCAGAAGCCCCCGGGGGGCCAGCAGAAGCCCCCGCAGCAGAGGCCCAGCCAGCCCCCCAGGCAGAUGUCCCAGGGCGGCGGCUCCCCGCAGCAGAGGCCUUCCGGGCCGCAGGGCCGCCCCGGGGGGGCCCCCACCACCCAGCAGCCCCGACCGGCGGGCCAGGGAGGGCCGGGCGCCAGACCCCCGCUGCAGCAGAAGCCCCAGCCCCCCCAGAAGCCCCGCCUGGAUGAGGCGUCUGCGGGCGGCGCUCCAGCACUAAAUCCCAGUGUCUUACCAAAUGCCUUCAACCUUCCAGAAACACCGGAGACGUGGGCCAGCCUUAGCCGGGACCAGCUGAAGGCUGAGGCCGUACGCACUCGCAAAUCUUUUGCUAGUCUCUUCUCCAGCGGGGUGAGCGUCAAAUGCCCCCAGUGCAACUGA